CGUCUCAAGCCCGUGGGGCUCCAGUCGCCUCGCGGUCCCGCUACCUGGGCACGCCAGGUCGGCGGGCAGCUGCGGGCCCAGCGCGGGGCGGCGGCACCGAGGGGGGCGCGGCGGUGUCUGUUGGAGCGGUUCCCGCGCAGGGCCGCCGGCGAGGGCAUGAGCACGGGCUGCCCUUGCCUCGCGAGCGGCGGCGGGAGCGGCGAGGCGGCCGGGCGCCGCGCACAGGCCACGGCCCGGGGCGGCGCCGGGGGGCAGCGGGCCGGGAGAUGAGCCUGUCGCCAGCGGCCCAGGAAGCAGCAUGCACCGCGAUGCCACCGACAGCAGCGGCGCCCGCCGCGGCCCCACGUCCGCCGCAGACGCCUGCCGCGCUGCCCGGGGCUCCGCGGACGGACAGCGGACGGCGGACCGCCCGGGCGGGGGCUGGCGGGGGCCCGCAGCCGUGGCGGCCCUGGCCGUGCUGGCGCUGUGCUGCCUGGUCCCGGGCUGGGGACCGGCGGCGGGCACGGGGCCGGGCGCGGUACUGCUGCGCCUCAGCCUGUACCUGAGCUGCGCCGCGGCCGCCUUGCUGCUGGGGACACUGGUCGCGCUCGUCUGCUGGAGCCCGCGCGCCCAGCCGCCGGACUUCGCCUCUUCCUGGAGCCGGCUGGCGGCGGCCGUCCGCUGUCCGCUGCGGAGCCCUGUGUAUGGAAAUCCACAGGAGACAGCUCAGGGCAGAAGAGUGGUCAUUUCUCACAAUAUGGAUCGAGCUCUGAAAGACGUGUUCGACUACAGUUACAGAGACUACAUUCUCUCCUGGUACGGCAACCUCAGCAGAGAUGAUGGGCAGCUCUACCAUUUGCUCUUGGAUGACUUCUGGGAUAUUGCCAAGCAGAUUCGCUACAGGCUGAGUCACGUGGAUGUGGUUAAAGUUGUCUGUAAUGAUAUUGUAAAGGCUUUGCUCACUCACUUCUGUGACCUGAAAGCUGCUACUGCCAGACAUGAAGAACAGCCAAGGCCUUUUGUGUUGCAUGCAUGCUUGAAGGACUCACACGAUGAAGUAAGAUUCCUUCAAACGUGUUCUCAGGUUCUGGUGUUUUGCCUUCUCCCUUCGAAGGAUAUCCAGUCUCUCAGCUUACGUACAAUGCUCGCAGAGAUUCUCACAACAAAAGUCUUGAAGCCGGUGGUGGAAUUGCUGAGUAACCCUGAUUACAUUAACCAGAUGCUUCUGGCGCAGUUGGAGUAUAGGGAGCAGAUGAGUGGACAUCACAAGAGAGCCUACACGUACGCUCCUUCUUACGAGGAGUUCAUCAAGCUCAUCAACAGCAACUCUGACGUGGAGUUCCUGAAGCAGCUCAGGUAUCAAAUUGUAGUGGAAAUAAUCCAAGCAACUACAAUUAGCAGCUUUCCCCAGCUGAAGAGGCACAAGGGUAAGGAAUCUGCUGCCAUGAAAACUGAUCUCUUGCGGGCCAGGAACAUGAAAAGGUACAUUAACCAGCUGACUGUGGCAAAGAAGCAGUGUGAGAAGAGAAUCCGAAUCCUGGGAGGUCCUGCCUAUGACCAGCAAGAGGACGGGGUCUCGGAUGAAGGGGAAGGGCCUCAGAGCCAAAAGAUUCUUCAGUUUGAAGAUAUUAUGACCAAUCCUUUCUACCGAGAGCGCUUUGGAACAUACAUGGAACGGAUCGACAAGCGGGCUUUGGUUGGCUUUUGGGAGUCUGUGGAACACCUGAAGAAUGCUAACAAGAAUGAAAUUCCACAAUUAGUGAGUGAAAUGUAUCAGAAUUUUUUUGUGGAAAGCAAGGAAAUUCCUGUGGAAAAGUCACUUUACAAAGAAAUCCAGCAGUGCCUCGUGGGAAACAAGGGUAUCGAGGUGUUCAGCAAAAUCCAAGGAGAUGUGUACGAUGUACUGAGGGAUAGGUAUUACCCCUCCUUCCUUGUCAGCGACCUGUAUGAGAAGCUCAUACAUGAGGAGGAGGAAGAGACACCUGACUCUCAGCUUGCCUCGGGGAAGGAUGAACUGGGUUCAGGAGGUGAGGCUGGUGAGGAGGUUGUAGAAGGCACCAGUGGGGUCAGUGAUCCAGCCAGCUUUGCUGUAAUCAAACUUCGAGAGCUAAGUGAGAAACUUGAAUAUAAAAGGCAAGCUCUAAGUUCUAUUCAAAAUGCACCAAAACCUGAUAAGAAGAUUAUUUCCAAGCUGAAGGACGAAAUACUUGUGAUAGAGAAAGAGUGCACAGAUCUUCAGCUGCACAUGGCGAGAACAGAUUGGUGGUGUGAGCACCUGGGCCUGUGGAAAGCCUCCAUCACCAGCGCAGAGGUGACAGAAGAGAAUGGUGAGCAAAUGCCUUGUUAUUUUGUCAGGGUAAAUCUACAAGAAGUUGGAGGAGUUGAAACUAAAAACUGGACUGUACCAAGAAGGCUCAGUGAGUUUCAGAAUUUACAUCGGAAACUUAGUGAGUGUGUCCCUUCUUUAAAAAAAGUCCAGUUGCCUUCUCUCAGUAAGCUGCCUUUCAAAUCUAUAGAUCACAAGUUCCUGGAAAAGUCAAAAAAUCAGUUAAAUAAGUUUUUACAGAACCUGCUUUCAGAUGAAAGACUGUUUCAGAGUGAAGCACUUUAUGCCUUUUUGAGCCCUUCUCCUGACUACCUCAAGGUCAUUGAUGUGCAGGGGAAAAAAACCUCCUUCUCAUUAUCUUCAUUCUUGGAAAAACUUCCUCGUGAUUUCUUCUCCCAUCAGGAGGAGGAGAUAGAAGAGGACAGCGACCUGUCCGAUUACGGGGACGAUGUGGACGGGAAGAAGGACGCCUUGGCUGAACCGUGUUUCAUGCUCAUCGGGGAGAUUUUUGAACUUCGAGGAAUGUUUAAAUGGGUGCGAAGAACAUUGAUUGCUCUCGUUCAGGUCACAUUUGGAAGAACCAUCAACAAGCAAAUCCGGGACACGGUGAACUGGAUCUUCAGCGAGCAGAUGGUGGUUUACUACAUUAGUGCUUUCCGAGAUGCUUUCUGGCCAAAUGGGAAACUGGCACCACCAACAAGAAUCAGAAGCGAAGCACAAAGUCAGGAAACAAAACAGAGAGCACAGCAAAAACUGCUUGAAAACAUUCCAGAUACACUUCAGAGCCUUGUUGGACAGCAAAAUGCCCGCCAUGGUAUAAUAAAAAUAUUCAAGGCGCUGCAAGAAACAAGGGCCAACAAGCACCUGUUAUAUGUGCUGAUGGAGCUGCUGCUGACAGAGCUCUGUCCUGAGCUGAGAGCUCACCUGGAUCAGCUGAAAGCUGGUCAAGUCUAAGACUGCACAAAGCAACCGCCAGAGAAAUGUCUGUGUAAAAAUAGACAUUAAACAUUUUCCUCUUUUCCACAGAGGGCCCGACAAGAACCAUACUGAUUUUUAUUUUCAUGCCUCCCUCUAGUUUUAUGCCAAGUGAGCAGAAUCAGAGGGAGAGGACUGACGCUGUGGUAGGCAAUAGAAAACAGACUUUAAAGCUCACCAUGCUGACUGAAAUACAAAUGUUAAUAUGUGAUAAGAACAUAGGAAAUAUUUUAAAUAUUUAUGAAAACAGUUUUGUUGUUAAAUGACAAAGUCUGAAUAUUGUACAGUUAAUCUCCUCACUGAGGAUUCUGACCAUUCCUGUGUCUCCCGUGUAUUGAAGACCACUGUUGUGCAAUGCUUGGUGUAAAGUUAUUGUGAAAAUUUUAUUGUUUUUAUUUUUACCAAAGAUUUCCCAUAGUUUGAAGCAUUUGAAGCAAUAAAAUACAAAAAAAGAA